AAUAAUUUAAUAUAACAAACAAUAAUUGAAUAAAAAAUUAUUUCGGAAAGGUAAUCGGAGCUCAAAAACACUCCUCUCUGGACAAAAGAAAAGUAAAGUUCUUUCGAUUCUAAUUCAACUUUAAAAUAUUUCUCUUUUCUUCUUCUUCCACUUCUUCUCCUACUCUUAAACUCUUUCUCUGAACUCUUACAACCUUACUCUUCCUUCAAUUAUGGAUCGGAUCAUUCUUACCGGGUCACUUCUCACACUCCUCACUUUCUCUUUCGUCUUAGAGGUAGAGUCAACGUCGUUCAAAUUAGUAAACAAAUGCAGGAACACCAUAUGGCCCGGCUUGCUAUCCGGUGCCAACUCAGCUCCGCUCCCCACCACCGGCUUCGUUCUCCACAGCGGCGAAUCCCGGACCUUACGCAUACCCAGAGCGUGGUCGGGUCGUCUAUGGGCUCGGACCCAUUGCGGCCACGACUCAACCGGGAAAUUCACUUGCAUCGCCGGGGACUGCGGCUCGGGCAAGCUGGAGUGUGAAGGAGCCGGGGCCAAGCCGCCAGCUACACUAGCUGAGUUCACUCUUAACGGCGCAGACGGCUUGGACUUCUACGACGUCAGCUUAGUCGACGGGUACAACAUCCCGAUGUUGAUCGUCCCCAAGGGAGGUACAAGAGGUGGAUGCGGCGCCACCGGUUGUCUCGUCGACUUAAACGGGGCUUGUCCGACCGCGUUGCGAGUGGCGCGUGCUAAUGGCAAAGGGAGCGUAGCGUGUAGGAGCGCGUGUGAAGCGUUCGGGGAUCCCCGCUUUUGUUGUAGUGAGGCGUACUCUACACCUGACACGUGUGGACCUUCUCCUUAUUCGCUCUACUUCAAACACGCUUGCCCACGCUCGUAUAGCUACGCGUACGAUGACAAAACCAGCACUUACACGUGCGCCUCCGCUGAUUAUACUAUUAUAUUUUGCCCAUUACCCUAUACGAGCCAGAAAGUGUUGGGAGCAAGAAAAGAUGGGAUACCACUACCACUGGUGAAUAAGACCAUGAUGUACUUAAGAAGCCGACACUCAAGCGGAGCUGCAGCAUCGUCCACAGGUCUUUCUUCUUUGCUAUUUAUGGCCCUUGCAGCCACUAAUGCACUGCCACUUUUGCUAUCAUGGCCAAUUUAUAACUCUUUGUGACUAACAUUAUUGGCCUGGACACAUUACUUCCAGGCAGAUAAACAUUACUUAAAGCUCAUGAUGAACAUUGGUACCACUGCCGUUUAUACUUUGUUCAACUGCCCUUUAUGGCUCUUCCUAAGAGCUUUCUUCUGGUUAUAAGGUAAAGAGCUUAUAGGCUUCACAAUUGUCACCACAAACAUUUGUGUAUAUAAUUUUUAUGUUCUUUUUUUAUUUUAGUUCACAUACGUAUAGGAGAGUCAUAAUUUUAUAUCUAAAUGACUUUUACAUCAAAGUUGUAGUUUUGUUGGAAAGCAUUGAGAUUUCAUUUUCACAUAUUGAGGAACUAUAUAAAGUUUACAUGUUUAAAUC